AUGCACUUUCACAUUGUCGAGGUGUUCGGUGACGAGUACCUCCGGGCGCCGAACAAGGAGGACACUGCUCGAUUGCUGGAUAUGAACCAGCGUCGAGGGUUCCCCGGGAUGCUUGGAAGCAUCGAUUGCAUGCACUGGAGGUGGAAGAACUGUCCCACGGCGUGGUCCGGUUCGUUCAGGGGCCAUGUCAAUGCACCGACUAUCAUUCUAGAGGCUGUGGCGUCGCAGGACCUAUGGAUUUGGCAUGCCUUCUUCGGGAUGCCAGGUUCAUUGAAUGACAUCAAUGUGCUGCACCGAUCUCAUCUCCUUGACAACCUUGCUGGGGGAGUAGCACCCAAGGUACAGUACUCUAUUAAUGGCCACCAUUACACGAUGGGGUACUAUCUUGCAGACGGGAUCUAUCUAGAGUGGGCGGCAUUUGUGAAACCCAUACCAGCUCCAGUAGGCCUGAAGCAUCAACACUUCGUGGUGCAGCAGGCGGCUGCACGAAAGGAUGUUGAGCGGGCAUUUGGAGUGUUGCAGUCCAGGUUUCCCAUAGUCCGUGGAGCGGCGAGGUUGUGGGAUCAAGAAACCCUCAGCGACGUAAUGACAGCGUGUAUCAUCAUGCACAACAUGAUAAUCGAGGAUGAGAGAACGGCCGGGGCUCUCAAAUACGUCUACGAGGGUUCGGGCGAGGACGCGGUGCCGUCUCACGAACCAACCCCCCCCUCCCGCUUGAAGCAUUUAUGGAAAGACAUCCCUGCGCACUUGCAGUUCAAGCACCACGGCUGCUACUCGGUCCAGGAGUUCACACGCAUACAGGUGUAG